UUGAGGUCAAAGUCCUCAAGAAGUAUAGUAAAUUGUAUUGCAGGUUAAGUUAAUACCUACGUUUAUACGCAUGCGUAGUUACCGGCAUUUUCACUUUUGCAUAGUGGCUACAUAUGUAGACUUAAUAUUAUAUUUUCGGGUGUGUGCAUGUAAUAUUCCAAAAAAUGUCACAAUACAGAUUAUUAGGUGCUAUUGCGAAUUUUUCGCAUAUCAAUAAAAAUACUAUAACACGCACAGUAUUAUACAAAGCAAUGAGAGUAAUGUCUACCUCAGCAAGUACAAAACAUUUGAAAUACAAAGUUAUAGAUAAUGUGGCAGUCCUUACUAUGGAUUCUCCAGGGGUCAAAGUAAACACUAUAAAUUAUGAAGUGAUGUAUGAAAUUGAAAAUAUUCUAAAAAAUGUAGAACAAAAUUCUGCUAUAAAUUCAAUAGUUCUUAUAAGUGGGAAACCAGAUUGUUUUAUUGCUGGUGCUGAUAUUUCUAUGUUACAACAUGUUAAAACUUCAGAAGAAAUAUAUAAAGUAUCUAGUGACUGUCAACAAAUUUUGAAUAGGAUAGAAAAAAGUCAAAAACCAAUUGUAGCUGCAAUUAAUGGAACUUGCUUAGGAGCAGGGCUUGAGAUAGCUAUGGCUUGUCAUUAUCGACUUGCUACAGAUGACCAGAAAACUAGUUUGGGUUUACCAGAAGUAAUGUUAGGUCUUUUACCAGGUGCAGGUGGUACACAAAGAUUACCACAAUUAACAUCAUUUUUUAAUGCUUUAGAUAUGAUCCUUACUGGUAAAACUGUUAAAGCAAUUAAAGCUAAGCAAAAUGGACUUGUGGAUAUCAUAGUAAAUCGUCUCGGUCCUGGUAUUGGUUCAUCAGAAGAAAAUAAUAUGAGAUACUUAGAAGAGACUGCUAUCAAAGCUGCGAAAGAUAUAGCAAGUGGGACUUUAAAAGUUAAUCGAGACUCUAAAACAAUGAUUGACAAACUUACGAAUUAUGCUUUAUCCUUUGAUUUUGUAAAGGACCAGAUAUUUAAAAGAGCAAAACAAAAAGUGAUGAAGAAAACUGGAGGGUUAUACCCUGCACCACUUAAAAUUUUAGAUGUAAUGCGUACUAGUAUGGAUAAGGGAUUAAUGGCUGGUUAUGAAGCAGAAGCUCAAGCUUUUAGUGAACUAUUAAUGACACCGGAAUGUAAAGGUCUUAUAAAUUUAUUCUUUGGACAAACAGCAUGUAAAAAGAAUCGUUUUGGGGUACCCAAAAGUGCUGUUAAGAAAGUUGCUGUUGUUGGUGCUGGUCUUAUGGGAGCAGGUAUUGUUCAAGUAACCAUAGAUAAAGGUUUUAAUGUAAUUAUGAAAGAUACAAAUGAAAGAGGCCUAUACCGUGGCCUCAAUCAAAUACAAAAAGCAAUGGAUACUGCAGUAAAGAAACGAAAGUAUUCUAACAUUCAAAAAGAUAUAUAUCUUUCUCAAUUAGAUUCCACAUUAGACUAUAGCUCAUUUAAAAAUGCAGAUAUUGUAAUUGAAGCAGUGUUUGAAGAUAUUGCAAUUAAACAUAAAGUGAUAAAAGAAAUUGAGGCAAAUACGCCGAAUUACUGUGUACUUGCAACAAAUACAUCUGCAAUUCCUAUUACUGAAAUAGCUGCAGGCAGUAGUCGCCCUGAUAAGGUGAUUGGAAUGCAUUACUUUUCUCCAGUAGAUAAAAUGCAAUUGUUAGAAAUCAUAACCCAUAAAGGUACAUCAACUGAAACUAUUAAAACUGCAGUUGAUGUAGGUUUAAAACAAGGGAAAACAGUUAUUACUGUUGGAGAUGGUCCAGGAUUUUAUACAACAAGAAUUCUGUCUGCUAUGUUAUCUGAAGCUAUUAGAUUAAUGCAGGAAGGUGUAGAUCCUAUAGAUUUGGAUAAUUUGACUAAAAAGUUUGGAUUUCCUGUUGGAGCAGCUACCUUGUCAGAUGAAGUUGGCAUUGAUGUUGGCGCUCAUAUAAGCUCGCACCUUGUGAUAGCAUUAGGUGAACGUUUUAAAGGUGGAAAUGUAAAUAUACUUAGUGACUUAGUGAGAGCUGGUUUUCUAGGUCGAAAAUCUGGCAAGGGAAUAUAUAUAUAUGAAACUAAUGUUAAACAUAGAAAUAUUAACCUUGCAGCAAUGGACAUUAUGAAAAAAUACCAAUGUGAACCAAAAGGAAGUACAUCCGUUGAAGAUCGCCAGUUAAGAAUGGUGUCUCGGUUUGUUAAUGAAGCAAUACUUUGUUUAGAAGAAAAUAUUUUAGCAAAUCCGUUGGAAGGGGAUAUAGGAGCUGUUUUUGGAUUAGGGUUCCCUCCUUUCACAGGUGGACCAUUUCGUUGGGUAGAUUCUUAUGGAGCUGAUAAACUAGUAAAAAAAAUGGAAGAAUUUCAAAAUCAUUAUGGAGAAACAUUUAAACCAUGUCAAACAUUGUAUGAUAUGGCAUCCGAUCGCAACAAAAAAUUCCAUAAACAAAUUCAGUAGACAUUUAAAAAGAAUAUUCAUAUGGGAUUACAAUCUUAAGAGAACAAAUUUGAUACUUUAUUAAACUCAAUAUUUACUUAAAUAAGAUUGUAAUAUAAAAAGUAUAUUUUUUGUUAAAUAUAUAUCAAUU